UGCUUCAGCUCCAGUCGGUGAUGGCGGGGCUCCAGUUCUCCACAUCUUGCACGUUAAGAGACUCAUUCCUCGUUUCUCCAUGGGAUGAAAUCGCUCCCGCUGCCUAUAAAGAUUAGGACGUACGGCUGAUAAUAUUCGCUUUCUGAUUUGCGGUAACUUAAACGCGAGUGGAAAGAGUCGGAGCAGUAACCACACAUCGCUACCGCUGUAUUUUAAAAUGGCUCCAGUUCAGAUCGGUUCGGACGGGCAGCUGGUGCCCGCCGGGGGUCCGACCUCAACCCCGCAGCCUCCUCCAGGAGCCCCGGCAACCCAAGGAGUCCGGCUGAGCCUCCUGAUCGAGUUUCUGCUCCAGCGAACCUACCAUGAGAUCACACUGCUGGCUGAACUACUGCCUCGUAAAACAGACAUGGAAAGGAAAAUUGAAAUUGUUCAGUUUGCCAGUCGGACACGUCAGCUCUUCGUGCGUCUGCUUGCUCUUGUCAAGUGGGCAAGUAAUGCAGGGAAGGUGGAGAAAUGUGCGAUGAUAUCCUCAUUUCUGGAUCAACAAGCAUAUUUAUUUGUUGACACGGCUGACCGGCUGGCAUCACUGGCCAGGGAUGCGUUGGUGCAUGCACGUUUGCCUAGUUUUGCCAUCCCUUUUGCCAUUGAUGUGCUAACCACAGGGUCUUAUCCCCGUCUGCCCACGUGCAUCCGAGAUAAAAUUAUUCCUCCUGACCCAAUAACCAAAGCAGAAAAGCAGACUACGUUAAAUCAGCUGAAUCAAAUCCUGCGACACAGACUAGUCACUACUGACUUGCCUCCACAGCUGGCUAAUUUAACCGUGGCCAAUGGACGAGUAAAGUUUCGAGUUGAGGGUGAAUUUGAAGCCACACUGACAGUGAUGGGUGAUGAUCCUGAUAUUCCCUGGAGACUUCUUAAACUAGAGAUACUGGUUGAGGACAAGGAAACUGGAGAUGGACGGGCAUUGGUCCACAGCAUGCAGGUGAAUUAUAUCCAUGAGCUGGUCCAGUCCCGUCUGUUUGGAGAUGACAAGCCUCUUCAGGACAUGUACACCUGUCUUCAUUCCUUUUGCCUGUCACUCCAGCUGGAGGUGCUGCACUCUCAGACUCUGAUGUUGAUCAGAGAGCGGUGGGGGGAUCUGGUGCAAGUCGAGCGCUACAUCCCUGCAAAGUGCCUCACGUUAUCUGUCUGGAAUCAACAGGUGCUGGGUAGAAAGACUGGCACUGCAUCUGUACACAAAGUCACCAUAAAAAUUGAUGAAAGCGAUGGUUCCAAGCCAUUACAGAUCUCCCAUGAGCCUCCACUGCCUGCCUGUGAUUCCAAAUUAAUGGAAAGAGCCAUGAAGAUCGACCAUCUAUCAGUGGAAAAGCUUUUGAUAGAUAGUGUACAUGCUCGCUCGCAUCAGAAACUGCAAGAACUUAAAGCCAUUCUGAAAAGUAGCAACCCUAGCGAUAACUCCUUUAUAGAGACUGCACUUCCCACGCUGGUCAUACCAAUACUGGAGCCCUGCGGUCGAUCUGAGUGCCUCCACAUAUUUGUUGAUCUGCAUUCAGGAAUGUUUCAACCAAUGCUUUACGGAGUCGAUCAGUCUAUGCUUGACGAAAUUGAGAAGAGUAUCAACGAUGACAUGAAGCGCAUUGUCACAUGGUUGCUACAGCUAAAAUUCUGGUUGGGCGAGCAGAGAUGUCGGCAGUCUGUGAAGCAUCUUCCCACACUGUGCACAGACACUCUCCAUCUAUCGAACCUAACCACACAUCCUGUGGGCAACCUAUCAAAACAUCGCCUCUUCAUCAAACUCACUCGCCUCCCACAAUACUAUAUUGUGGUGGAGAUGUUUGACGUGCCCAGCAAUCUGACGGAGCUUCAGUACAAGUACUACUUCCUGUCUGUGAGUCAGAUGGAGAGCGAGGAUGGACUUCCUUCUGCUCUGCUGUUUAGGCAUUUUAAGCCCAACCUGGAGGAGCUUGUGCAGGACAUUUCAUCUUGUCGAAUGGCUCGCCUUGGGGCCAAGAGGAAGUUGUCUGGAGAGCAAAGUGCCACUGAACCAAAGAAACCCAAGAGGUCAGGAGAGAUGUGUGCCUUUAAUAAGGAGCUUGCUCACCUGGUGGCCAUGUGUGACACCAACAUGCCCCUCAUCGGACUGCGCUCUGAGUUGUCCAAUAUGGAGAUUCCUCAUCAGGGAGUGCAGGUUGAAGGAGAUGGCUGUAGUCAUGCCAUACGUAUUCUGAAAGUUCCACCUUGUAUGGCAGUGGGUGAAGAAACCAGAAAAGCUCUAGAGCGCUCUCUGCUGGACUGCACCUUCAGAUUACAGGGACGCAACAAUCGCACAUGGGUGGCAGAAUUGAUUUUCUCCAGUUGCCCACUCAACAGCACAUCCAUCAAAGAGCAAGCUUCAACGCGGCAUGUCUACCUGACAUAUGAGAAUCCUCUGUCAGAGCCAGUGGGUGGCAGGAAAGUGGUGGAGAUGUUUUUAAAUGACUGGAACAGCAUUAGUAAGCUUUAUGAAUGUGUAAUGGAGUUCUCACGCUCUUUACCUGAAAUGCCCUCCUAUCUGAGCCUUUUCUCGGAGAUACGGUUGUAUAAUUAUCGGAAACUGGUUCUGUGUUAUGGCAACACUAAAGGCAGCUCGGUAACCAUACAAUGGAACUCAGUAACGCACCGCUAUCAUCUGGCCCUGGGGACUGUGGGGCCUAAUUCAGGCUGCAGCAACUGUCACAACAUAAUUCUUCACCAACUUCAGGAGAUGUUCAACAAGAUCCCCAAUGUUGUACAACUUCUACAGGUCCUUUCAGAUACUCAGGCUCCUCUAAAUGCCAUCAACAAGCUUCCCACAGUGCCUAUGUUGGGUCUCACCCAAAGGACCAAUACGGCGUACCAGUGUUUCUCCAUCCUUCCCCAAUCCCCCACCCACAUCCGCCUAGCCUUCCGCAACAUGUACUGCAUUGACAUCUACUGUCGAAGCAGAGGAGUGGUGGCCAUCCGGGAUGGUGCCUACAGUUUGUUUGACAACACUAAGAUAGUCGAAGGCUUCUAUCCAGCUCCUGGACUCAAGACGUUCCUGAACAUGUUUGUGGAUAGUAACCAGGAUGCUCGAAGACGCUCCGUCAAUGAAGACGACAACCCUCCCUCGCCGAUUAGCAUGGAGGACACCUUCAUGCCCCACACCCAGACGCAGCCUCCAGGAAGAGGGGUGUAUCCGCCCCUUACAUCACCUCCCAACCCGUACCACGUGCCUCCUUCACCGUCCAUGAUCACAACGCAAUCUCCAGGGAACAUCCACGCAGCCAAUUCCCCUAGUGGAGCUCUACGGGCCCCUUCUCCCUUUGGGCCCACCCCUUCUCCCUCUUCUCUGGGCAUUUCUAUGGGGCAGACCUCCAACUUUGCCAGCCCACAUGGAACUCUUGAUCCCAGUUCACCAUACACACUAGUGUCCGCCAGCCCCAGGGUAGGCCCCUGGCCAGGUUCCCCACAGGUUUCUGGACCUUCUCCUGGAGCACGAAUCCCUGGCAUGUCACCAGGAAACCCUUCUUUGCACUCACCCAUUCCAGACCCAUCCCACUCCCCUCGAGCUGGUACCAGUUCACAGGCGAUGCCUCCACCUCGUAAACUGCCACAACGUUCCUGGGCCGCCUCUAUUCCCACCAUCCUCACCCACAGCAAGCUACAUGUGCUGCUUCUGCCUUCACCCAUGCCAUGCCCGGUCCCAGGGCUGGCAGGCAGCUAUCUGUGCUCACCUCUGGAGCGCUUCCUGGGCUCAGUCAUCAUGAGACGACACCUGCAGAGAAUCAUCCAGUUAGAACCCAACCUCACUAUUGUGAACUCAAACGAACCAGGCGUCAUCAUGUUUAAGACAGAAGUGCUUAAAUGCAGAGUGGCUCUCAACCCUAAAUCCUACCAGACUCUCCAGCUGAAAGUCACACCAGAAAACACGGGACCCUGGUCACAGGAGGAGCUGCAGGUCUUGGAAAAGUUCUUUGAGACCAGGGUUGCAGGACCACCCUUUAAAUAUAACACACUAAAUGCCUUCACAAAGCUGUUGGGAGCUCCCACCAACAUACUCAGAGACUGUGUUCGCAUCAUGAAAUUGGAGUUGUUCCCAGACCAGGCGGCUCAGUUGAACUGGAAUGUGCAGUUCUGUCUGACCAUCCCACCCAGCGCCCCUCCCAUUGCUCCACCAGGAACCAUCGCCGUGGUGCUAAAGACCAAGAUGCUUUUCUUUCUCCAGCUGACCCAGAGGUUACCGGUGCCCCAGGAACCCAUCAGUAUCAUCGUGCCCAUUGUGUAUGACAUGGCCACUGGACUGACCCAACAGGCCGACAUCCCUCGCCAGCACAGCUCUUCUGGAGCCGCAGCCCUGAUGGUCAGCUCCAUCCUCAGACGCUUUAAUGAGCACCAUCCACCACGACCAGGGGAGUGCACAAUAUUUGCAGCUGUUCACGAGCUCAUGGCUAAUCUAACGCUAAACUCCGGUGGACGACCAUAAGUUGAUGUCUCCUGUAGGAAAUUCAUCAAACUGAUUCUACAUGAAUAAAUUCAGCCCCGACUCCAGGGACGUUCAGGUUUUGUGCUGCAACUAAUGGGCUCUUCUGCUGGUGUAUUAUAUUGUCAUUAAAGGGGGCGGAAGAAGGAUGGAACUUUUUUUAUUGUAUUAUGAAGCAUGUAAAUUAAAAAUUGUUACAAUAGCAGGACUUCUUUUUAAAAUAGCUCGAAAGUUCUGCUGACGGAUUUAUAAUUUUUUUUUCAGAUGCACUUCUUAAGCAACGGAUUGUGAUAGAAAAGAUGUUUAACUACAGCUGUAUUUUUUUUAUUUGAAACUUUGCAGAAAAUAUCUCUUUUUUUGUAAUACAAGUUAUCAAUGCUGUGUGAGCGUUGAUGUUUUCUUUAUCAGCACACUAUUUAAUUUACUUUUUUUGUUUGUGCUCGCAUUGCUUUGAUUUCUUAAUAUUCCUGUCACUUAAGACAUAAGUGACAAAAUAAGCCGUGUUUUAUUGUAUUUCAUUGGAAUCAUGCAAGAGGUCCAAUAUUUUUCAUGUCUGUGUUUAUUACUAUUUAAUAAACAUUGGAAAUAACUCCAUCCUUUCAUUAACAAA